AUGACGACGGGCGACGGAGGCCUGUCCCCCAGUAGCUUGGUCGUACCGGCGGUUGACGCCCCGCCGUCCUUCUUUGCCGUCGUCAUCGACGACAGCGCUACGGUCACCGGCACCGGCACCGCCACUGCCACGGGCGACACGGGUGGACAUCCAGGCGUCCCCGCGGGGCGUCGUCGUCACCUGGAGCUGGUCCGGCCCAAGUUCGAGGAAAAGACCCCAGCGGUCGAGGCGGACGGCAAGAAGCUGUCUCCGACGAGCGGCGUCGCUGAAGACGCCGCGUCCUCCUCUGGAAACGGCGCUUCGGGUCUUAAGAUUCGGGUAGCUGGUCGCCGUCCUCGUACAGACACCUCCGACAAAGGUGCGUCUUCACCUCGGCUCGCCCUCCCUUGGACGGCGACGGCCGUCACAUCUGAAGCCAUGCCGCCAGCAUCGAAGCGGCGGAAACUAGUUCGUCCGUCCUUGGAAGGACCAGUUCGCUUCCUUCGUGUCAGUAGCAAGGCUGAUGCCUCCAUGGCUGUUGAUGCGUUGAAGGCAGGGCAGGACCUGAAGAUCGCCAUCUCAGAGGAUCUCCCACUCGGCGAGGCCUCUGAUGUGGCGAAAGCGAUUCUGCCGUUUUACCCGCGCGUCCUCGAGGGACCGGACUUGUUGCUCCUGUGCAACAAGAUCGGUGAGGAGGCCGCGGUGAACUCCCGCCUGCAGAUCAACCAGUCUGCGCUCGCGGUUCUGGAGACGCAGUCCAGAGAUCUGAGCCUGUCGAUUGCGAGGGACACAGCUAUGUUACACUAG